AUGAAACAUGUUUUAAUGUUACAUAAAAACAAACAUGUGUGUUUCAUUAUUAAAUUAGUAAUGUUAAGUAUUAUUUUAUUAUUAAGAAAUAUUUUAGGAUGGAAAGUUUUAUAUGAUAUUGAAGUAGGAGAAGGUAGCAGAAUGUACGUCAGACAGAAUGAUAAAUAUUUAAGUGUCAAAAAAGGAAAUCAUAUGAGUAUUUACUUAAAAGAUUUAACAGAAGCCAGUGAAUUUUCAAUGAUAAAUCCAAGCCAAGAUGAUAAAACAAGAUAUAUAAAACUAUCCUCAGAUCAGAAAUAUGUAAUAAACAAGCAUACAAGUGAUGAUAGUCUAGUUCAUUUAGUUAAUGAAGCAGAGAAAUCAUACAAUCGAAGAUUUUUUAUAGAAAGAAAUGAGAAUCAAAGAAUAAGAUUUAGAGUUAAAUUUAAAGAUACUUAUAGAUGUCUAGAAAAUUUAAAUGGAAAAAUAAUAGGUGGUCCUUGUGAUGAAGAAAAAGGCAGUCAACAAUUUGAGAUAUUAUCUUUUAGUUUACCACCAUCCAAUUACUCAUCAAAAAGAAUUGUUAAUAGUUUAAGAAACACAGAAAUAUAUUUAGUUGCACAUAAUGGACAUGCAUUAUCCCAAAAAGGAAAUGGUUUAAAAUUUGAAUAUUAUCAACAACCAGUAAAAUUUUUUGUAGAAGCAGUUGAUGAAUUUUACAGAUUUAAGCAUAUAAAUCCAGAUAAUUAUGUAGUCUAUUUGGACACAGAUCAUCCAAAGAAUAUGCAUUUCCAUAGUGAUGAUAAAAAAACCACUAAGAAAUUCCAUAUAGAACCAACUAAUGAUAACAAAGUAAAGAUCAUAGAUUCAAUUAAAGGUAGAUGUUUAUGUUUAGAUGAAAUUGACAGUAAUAGAUUUAAUAUGGAAGAUUGUAAUAGUGCAAAAUCAAAUCAAGAAUUCGUAUUCUCAGUAGAAUCACCUUAUUCUAACAGAUUUUAUUUAGCAAGAGUUAAUAUUGAUAACGCUAAAUUUUUCACUAAAGAGGGAGAUGAUUUAGUUUUAAAUAGUCAUCCAGGUAAAGCAGUUCAAAUAAAGACAAUGCCAAUUAAUGAAAACGAAGGGGAUGAUUCUUCCGAAGUCCAAUGUAAAAUUAUGAUAUUUGAUGAGAAUAAUUUGUUCUAUUUAAAUAAUGAUGGUUCUGAAGGACUUAAAAUACAAGAUACAUUUUCAACACCUUGGUUAGUUACUGAUAUAAAAAAGUCAAAUGAAAUUCGUAUAAGUGAUAUAGAAGGUAAAAACUGUCUAACAGCCCCUAAUAUAAAUUCACCAAAUGAUGAUUUUAAGUUAUAUAGGUGUUCUUCACAUGCUAUAAAUACACAAUUCUUUAAAAAGCAUACAGAUCCUGUAGUUUUAUUAGCUGAAUUACGUGAUGAAAAGAAGAAGAGAUUAGAACAUACACAUCAUAUAAAUUCAUUUCCUGUUAAAGUAAAAAGUAAAAAAGAUGAUGAGACUACAAAAAUAAGAGAAGAAUAUAAUCGUAAGAAAUUAGAGUUGGAUAAACUUGAAAAGAAAUUAGAGGAAUCAGAAAGCCCUCGUAAUAAACCUAUUGAUUACAUAGCUGUACCAAGAUAUAGAAUGAGUAAUUAUAAAUUAGAUAAUCUUGAACCGAUAAGUGAAAGGAAAAGAAAGAAAUUAUUUGAUGAAGAUAGAGCUGAUGAAAUACCAUUUUCUUAUGAACAUGGAGAAUUUAAUAGUCCAAAUUUAAAGGGUGGUAUUUUAUUAGAUAAAAAUAAUAAUGAUUUAAACAAAGAUGAUGAUAAUGAAGAAGAAAAAACAGAUAAUAAAAAUAACAAUGAAGAUGAUAAAAUAAAUGAAGAAGAAAAAAUUGAUAAUAAAAAUAACAAUGAAGAAGAAAAAAAGAAAGAAGUAGCUGAAGCAAUUGCUAAAUUAGCAGAUUUAGAUAGGAAGAAUCAUGCUAGGAAUUUAAUUAAUCAAAAAAAUAAUCUUAAAUCAAAUAACACUCAUUCACAUAAUGACAAUAAGAAUAAAAAAUUAAAAGAUUUAAAAGGAUUGAAAUCUAAAUCUAGUAAUUCUAAAUCAAGUAGUAGUAAAGGUGGAUCAAUUGUUAUAACAACAACAAAAACUACAUCUUCUAAGAGUUAUUUAGUAGAACCUUCAGAUAAUCAAUUGGAGCACAUUAAUUUGUUAGAUUCAUUUGAGUCUUUAAAAAAUUUUAUCGAUAAUUAA